GACAUAUUGAUGUUCGUUUCAGAUUUAGUUUGUUUUUAACCCAAAUCUUUUAACAUCUCGAUAUAGUACACCUAACUUUCUUUCUGAUCUGAUCUGAACACAAGUGAGCCAUGAGCAUUGAGAAAAUGAAGUUCGAAGCCUUGCCCUCGACUGUUGUUCCCAAAGUGUAUGACCUCACUGUGGACUCUGACCUGGUCAGUUUGACCUUUAAAGGCAAAGUGGAAGUGGAGGUGGAAGUGAACCAGCCGACAAGUGAGGUGGUUUUGAACUCGCUUGACCUGGAAGUGGGCAUGGCAGUGUUGUGUCAGGGCGACAAGUGCAUGAUGGGAGAAGUCAAAUAUCUCAAAGAGGAAGAAAGGAUAGUGGUGUCUUUCAAAGAGCGUCUAUGUGUUGGUGAGGCCCAUCUUACUCUCGAGUUCUCUGGAGUCAUCACAGACCUCCUCUGUGGAUACUACAGGUCAAAUGACUCAGCCCACGAAGGCAAAUUUUGUGCUCUGACUCAGUUCGAGCCUACAGAUGCGAGGAGGGCGUUUCCCUGCUGGGACGAGCCAGCUCUCAAGGCACAGUUCGACAUCAGCCUAAUUGUAGACAAGGAGUUGACUGCUCUGAGCAACAUGAAUGAAUUGUCCUGCACGCCACUGCCAAAGAACGACAAACGGAAGGUUGUGAAGUUUGCACGCACUCCUGUCAUGUCCACUUAUCUGGUGGCCUUCAGUGUGGGCAUGUAUGAAUACGUGGAGAGAGUGGACAAGAAUGGAACUGUGCAUAGGGUGUAUGGGAAUCAUGGGAAGAAAAAAGAGUGCGAGGCUUCUGCUGAUAUAUCAGUGAAGGCGCUGCAGUUCCUGUCUGACUUCUUCAACAUCAAGUACCCUCUGCCUAAGUGCGACCAUCUAGCUGCGCAGAGAUUUGAUCACGGUGCUAUGGAGAACUGGGGUCUGGUGACGUACCGGGCGAGUGCCCUGUUUAUAGACCCGGAGGGGGCAUCCGACUACCACAUGCAGAGGGUGCACGAGAUAGUGAGUCACGAACUGGCCCAUCAGUGGUUCGGAAACCUCGUCACCAUGCAGUGGUGGACUGACCUAUGGCUCAACGAAGGAUUCGCCUCGUUCAUGCAGCACCUGGUGACUGACCUGAUCAGGCCGGACUUCGAGAUGUGGACUCAGUUCGUCAACGGUGCACUCACCUCCGCCAUCACCCUCGACAGUCUCAGGAGUUCACACCCUGUAGAGGUCGUCGUAGGACACCCAAGCGAGGUGAACGAGAUCUUCGACGCGAUUAGCUACCAGAAGGGCUGUUCUCUCAACCGCAUGGUUUAUUUCUUUCUGGGCAAAGAGAAGUUCACUCAGGGACUGACCAACUAUCUCAACCAUUUCGCAUACAAGAACGCAUGCACGAAUGAUCUGUGGCGCUUCCUAGGAGAGGCAGCAGGUUUGGAUCUGCAAUCUAUGAUGACCUCAUGGACUAGACAGACUGGCUUUCCAAUGGUAUCAGUGGAGGAGAUGAAACAACUAACGUCCACCAAGCGGCAGUUCAAGCUUACUCAGAGACGCCACUUGGACAACGGAAGCGAAGACGAAUUAAACACUCUGUGGAGUAUCCCUAUAUCAGUCAUAUCGAGCAGUAGUCCGAAAGCACCUCUAGUUCAUAUUGUAAUGAAGGAAAAGUCUGAAACUAUCGAAGUAGAGGGAGUCGAGGAAUCGGAUUGGGUCCAUUUGAACCCUGAUUUUAUAGGAAUGUAUCUUGUAAAGUACCCGAAAGAGAAUAUAGAACUCCUGAAAGAAGCGGUGAAACAAUCAACUAACGGUUUAGUUUUAUCGGCUGAGAGUCGAUCGUGCAUUCUGUUCGAGAUGUUGCGCCUGGCUAUUUCGGGACAAUCUUCUAUUGUAGAACUACUGGAUAUGAUUACAGUAUACAAAGGGGAUAAUCACUAUUUGGUUUGGAACAUAAUAGUGACUGUGUUUGCUGCUCUGGGAGCUGUGUUUCAUGGAUCAGGAUGUGAUGAUGAGAAAGUGAAGAAGUAUAAAUUGAGCGUCUUGGAGCAAAUUGCGACUCAAUUUGGCUUUGAGGAGGGAAAAGAGAACUCUCACUUGGUCGCCAUGUUGCGCACUUUGGUGUUAAAAGAAUUGGGAGCAAAUGGACAUCCAAAAACAGUCGCACAGUGUCGAACUCUGUUCGAAAAACAAAUCAAAGACAGUGUACCAAUUUCAGUCAAACUGAGAGAAACUGUUCUGAGAACAGUGGCUCGAAACACGACAAGUGUGGAGGACAUUGACGCCAUGAAAAAGCUGUACAAGGAGUCAUCAAAUGCGGAGGAGCAGCGGAGUGUAGCGAUGGCUUUGGGAAGUGUGCAGACGGAGGAGUUGGCCAAGAAGUCACUGGAGUUCAUGUUGUCGUCUGAAGUUCCUAGUGGUGGCGAUCAAGUGUAUAUGUUCAUGAGUUUCGCCUCCAGCUACCAAUUGGGAGACUUCCUGCUUAAAUACUGCGAGGAUAACUUUGAGAAAGUGAGUGAGGCGUGUGGAGGCGUGAAGUCAGCUUCGCUUGCCAAUGUGCUCAAAGCAUGCACCAAACCCUUCUACAGUCUGGAACAGCUGGCUCCUGCAGACCGCAUCAUGGAGAAGCACCACGUGGACACUUUCAAGAGGGGUUUGGACCAGAACAAGGAGACAGUGUCAAUCAGGGCUGCACAGAUAGCGAGAGAGGGUCAUGCUUUGAAGACCUUUAUUGACCAGUUUUGAUUGAGCUCCACGUUCAGCGCACUUCUUUUAACUUGAGAACUCAACAAAUUACGUUCGAAAAAUUACCAUUAAUUUUAUGACCCUUGUAAAAAAGUGUGUAAAACGCCAUUAGUGAUUGGUUUGUCGAGUAUCCGUAAUAUUUGUUAAAUAAGGCUUGUCAAAUAAGGCUCACUAAUAGAUUGUGCAGCUAAGUGUACGAGUGUACGCAGUAGAAGGUUUAAUAAAUAAUGCAGUGAAUAUUGAUAAACAAAGCGCUUAAACCUUGAUAAUUAUGAAUUCAAAUCAUUUUUCAGAAUCAAGCUUUCCUUGAAAAGGAAUUGCUCAUUUCAAUUGAUGCUGUUAUCAUUGUUCAUAUCAAUGUAAACAAAGAUUUGCUUCUUAAUUUUCAUCGAAGAAUUCAUUAUUGCAACAA